CGUCUCUCGGAUAUGGCUCUCUACUGCCUCCUGUGUUUCCCUGUGGGAUUGAACUCCAGUUGGCCGCCAUGCCCCUCGGUGAAGGACCUCUGAGUUUCAAUCCAGAGAAGGGACCAGUUUUGCAAAGCCAUCGAGAUGGCCUGUCCCUGGAAGUUUCUGUUCAAGGCCAAAUCCCACAAGUACAGCUUGACUGAGGAAACAGACAUCAACAACAAUGUGGGGAAAGCCGUCCGGGCCCCCUCGAGUCUAGUGACUCAGGAUGACCCCAAGUAUCACAGCCUCAGCAAGCACCGGAAUGAGUCCCCCCAGGCCCUCACGGGGACAGUGAAGGCGGUUCCAGAAUUCCCGGGGAAGCUGGAUGUGCCCCCAUCAGCCUGCCCGCGGCACGUGAGGAUCAAAAACUGGGGCAGUGGGAUGACUUUCCAAGACACACUUCACCACAAGGCCAAAGGGGAUCUUGCUUGCAGGUCUAAGUCAUGUCUGGGAGCCAUCAUGAACCCCAAAAGUUUGACCAGAGGACCCAGGGACAAGCCUACCCCCCCAGAUGAACUUCUACCUCAAGCUAUCGAAUUUGUUAACCAGUAUUACAGCUCCUUCAAAGAGGCAAAAAUAGAGGAACAUCUGGCCAGGGUGGAAGCAGUAACAAGGGAGAUAGAAACAACAGGAACCUAUCAGCUGACCGGAGAUGAACUCAUCUUCGCCACCAAGCAGGCCUGGCGCAACGCCCCCCGCUGCAUCGGGCGGAUCCAGUGGUCCAACCUGCAGGUCUUUGAUGCCCGGAGCUGUUCCACUGCCCAGGAGAUGUUCGAGCACAUCUGCAGACACGUGCGCUACGCCACCAACAACGGUAACAUCAGGUCGGCCAUCACCGUGUUCCCCCAGCGGAGCGAUGGCAAGCAUGACUUCCGGAUCUGGAACGCCCAGCUCAUCCGCUAUGCUGGCUACCAGAUGCCUGAUGGCACCAUCGUUGGCGACCCUGCCAGCGUGGAGUUCACCCAGCUGUGCAUCGACCUGGGCUGGAAGCCCAAGUUCGGCCGCUUCGAUGUGGUGCCUCUGGUCCUGCAGGCUGACGGCCGGGACCCCGAGCUCUUCGAAAUCCCACCUGACCUUGUGCUCGAGGUGCCCAUGGAACAUCCCAAGUAUGAGUGGUUCCGUGAGCUGGAGCUGAAGUGGUACGCCCUGCCCGCCGUGGCCAACAUGCUGCUCGAGGUGGGUGGCCUGGAGUUCCCAGGAUGCCCCUUCAACGGCUGGUACAUGGGCACGGAGAUCGGGGUCCGGGAUUUCUGUGACGUUCAGCGCUACAACAUCUUGGAGGAAGUGGGCAGAAGGAUGGGCCUGGAGACGCACAAGCUGGCCUCACUCUGGAAGGACCGCGCCGUCGUGGAGAUCAAUGUCGCUGUGCUCCACAGUUUCCAGAAGCAAAACGUGACCAUCAUGGACCACCACUCAGCCGCAGAGUCCUUCAUGAAGUACAUGCAGAGCGAGUACCGGUCCCGAGGGGGCUGCCCUGCCGACUGGGUUUGGCUGGUGCCGCCGAUUUCCGGGAGCGUCACUCCUGUGUUCCACCAGGAGAUGUUAAACUAUGUCCUGUCCCCUUUCUUCUACUACCAGAUGGAGGCCUGGAAAACCCAUGUCUGGCAGGACGAGACACGGAGACCCCGGAGAAGGAAGAUUCCAUUCAAAGUCUUGGUUAAAGCAGUGCUCUUCACCUCCACGCUGAUGCACAAGACUAUGGCGUCCCGAGUCCGAGCCACAAUCCUCUUUGCGACGGAGACAGGAAGGUCAGAAACGCUGGCCCAGGACCUAGGGGCCUUGUUCAGCUGUGCCUUCAACCCCAAGGUUCUCUGCAUGGACCAGUACGGGCUGAGCAGCCUAGAGGAAGAGCAGCUGCUACUGGUGGUGACCAGCACGUUUGGGAACGGAGACUCCCCCAGCAACGGAGAGAAACUGAAAAAAUCCCUCUUCAUGCUGAAAGAGCUUACCAACAAGUUCAGGUAUGCCGUGUUUGGCCUCGGCUCCAGCAUGUACCCUCAGUUCUGCGCCUUUGCUCAUGACAUUGACCAGAAGCUGUCCCAUCUGGGGGCCUCUCAGCUCGCCCCGACAGGGGAAGGGGACGAGCUCAGUGGACAGGAGGAAGCCUUCCGCAGCUGGGCUGUACAAACCUUCAAGGCAGCCUGUGAGAUGUUCGACGUGCGAGGCAAGCACCGCAUUCAGAUCCCCAAGCUCUACACGUCCAACGUGACCUGGGACCCGCACAACUACAGGCUCGUGCAGGACUCACAGCCUCUGGACCUCAACAGAGCCCUCAGCACUAUGCACGCCAAGAACGUGUUCACCAUGAGGCUCAAAUCACGGCAGAACCUCCAGAGACCGCAAUCCAGCCGCACCACCCUCCUGGUGGCGCUCUCCUGUGAGGACAGCCACCUGCUGAGUUACGUGCCUGGAGAGCACCUCGGGGUUUUCCCCUGCAACCAGCUGGCUCUGGUGCAAGGCAUCUUGGAGCGGGUGGUGGACAGCCCUGCACCCCACCAACCUGUGCACCUGGAGACCCUCAGCGAGAGUGGAAGCUACUGGGUCAGAGACAAGCGGCUGCCCCCGUGCUCACUCAACCAGGCCCUCACCUACUUCCUGGAUGUCACCACCCCCCCAACCCAGCUGCUGCUCCGCAAACUGGCACAGCUGGCCACAGAAGAGGCAGAGAGACAGAGGCUGGAGACCCUGUGCCAGCCCUCAGAGUACAACAAGUGGAAGUUCACCAAUAGCCCCACAUUCCUGGAGGUGCUGGAGGAGUUCCCGUCCCUGCGGGUGUCUGCUGGCUUCCUGCUCUCCCAGCUGCCUGUUCUGAAACCCCGGUACUACUCCAUCAGCUCCUGCAGGGCGCGUACACCCACGGAGGUCCACCUCACCGUGGCUGUGCUCACGUACCGCACCCGAGAUGGGCAGGGUCCCUUGCACCACGGCGUCUGCAGCACAUGGCUUAGUGGCCUGAAGCCCCAAGACCCGGUACCCUGCUUUGUAAGAAGUGCCAGCGGCUUCCAGCUCCCCGAGGACCCCUCCCAGCCUUGCAUCCUCAUUGGGCCUGGCACAGGCAUCGCCCCCUUCCGCAGCUUCUGGCAGCAGCGGCUCCAUGAUGCUGAGCACAAAGGGCUCCGGGGCAGCCGCAUGACCCUGGUGUUUGGGUGCCGCCGCCCUGAUGAGGACCACCUCUAUCGGGAGGAGAUGUUGGCGAUGGCCCGGAAGGGGGUGCUGCAUGAGGUGCACACAGCCUAUUCGCGCCUGCCUGGCCAGCCCAAGGUCUAUGUUCAGGACAUCCUGCGUCAGCGGCUGGCCAGCGAGGUGCUCCGCGUGCUCCACGAGGAGCAGGGCCACCUGUACGUCUGCGGGGAUGUGCGUAUGGCCCGGGAUGUGGCUCUUACCCUGAAGCACCUGCUGGCUGACAAGCUGAGCCUGAGCGAGGAGCAGGUUGAGGACUAUUUCUUCCAACUUAAGAGCCAGAAGCGCUAUCACGAAGACAUCUUUGGUGCUGUAUUUCCCUACGAGGUGAAAACGGAUGGGGCAGCCAGGCAGCCCAGCGCUCCCCAAGUGCCAGUGGCCCACGGGACACCUGACAGUUGCUGCCACAGAACUUAAUGAGGGAGCCAACUCCCGAAUGUCUGAGGUCACAGGGCCUGGAGACAUGGAAGGAAAUUCCAGCCCUGAGCCUCGCGUCUUAGUUCCCCAGCUCCUUCCCCGAGACCCUAUACUUGACCUGCUACCAACUAGCAGCCUGGACUGAGUGGAACCUCUUGCCUCCCCUGAGCCCACCCUUCCUGGGUGAUGGAGAUUUGGGACUCCUGGGUCCCUGGAGGACUAAACCUGCAGUGCCCGGCCCAUCUGGUGGGUGACGAGGAGGAGCCUUCUUCGGAUUGCACUACUUUACAUGACCCCCAGGAGGCGCUGUCGUGCUGCCCUGUAUUUAGCUCUCCGUGUACAGCUAUUUAUGCCUCUGUAUUUAAAAAAACAAACGAACCCCAGCCUUCUCUUAAGGGCACUUGGGCUGUCCUUGUAUGACUCCUUGAUGGAGGUAUUUAUAUGAAAUACAUUUUAUUUUAA